CUCAACUCAUCUCCCUCAUCUCCGUACAGAGUUCUAGUCGCGAAAUAUUUUUCAUUCUAUCGCUGGUCCAUGGCUUUUUAUAUUCGUAAUGUUUUCGAAUUUUUCCUACGAACGAUUAAACAAUUCGAUCAAAAAAUAUCAGGGCAAACAGUGGAUGAAUGAAAGAAAAAUGUUUGCAUAGCAGGGGCAUUUUUGUAACAAAUACAAAAUUAUUUACAAAUGUCAACUCUACGACGGUUGCCAGAUUCUGGGCAACAGAUAUGGAUUGGAGAGCAAACGAAGAAAGCUGGCUUUUUCCAACCGUUGAUGCAGCCGGUGAUAUUAGGAAAAUAAACAGCAAUGAUUUGAAAGAAGUUACAUUGAAAAAUUUGAUCAAGCUUCAACAUAACGAUACACGCGAGUUUAUGUGUGGUUGGGGUGCUGCAGUUAUUAAUGUUACCGUAACCUAUCCUAUUAAUAAAAUCAUAUUUAGACAGAUUUUAGAGGGAGUACCAGCAGAGACAGCUGUUAAGCAACUAUCACGAGAAGGAUUGCAGCUAUUGUAUCGCGGUAUAUUACCACCACUAUGCCAAAAGACUCUAUCGCUUAGUAUAAUGUUUAGCGUUUACGAAGGUUGUAGGAAACGAAUGUCUAUAUUGACAAAUAAUGCAGCGGUAGCAAAAGUGGUAGCCGCUAACGUAGCAGGAACAAUGGAAGCCAUUUUGAUGCCCUUAGAAAGGGUACAGACGUUACUACAAGAUUGGCACCACCAUAAUAAGUUUAAAAAUACUGCUCAUGCUUUUAGAUAUUUGUUAACGAAUUAUGGUGUAGCGGAAUGCUAUCGAGGGCUGGUCCCCAUAAUCUACAGAAAUAGUUUGUCCAAUGUUACAUUUUUUUCAUUAAGAGAUCAAGCAAAAUUAUUAAUAGGCGAUAAAGACUCUUUUCUCAUGAAUUUCAUUAGCGGUGCAUUAAUCGGUGGCUUUACUAGUACUGUCUUUUAUCCUUUGAACGUCAUUAAAAUACAUAUGCAAUCGAAGAUAGGUGGAGAUUUUCAAAGAUUCAUGUCAGUAGUUCGCGAAAUAUACAUUUCUAGAAACAGGAGUAUAACUCACUUUUACAAGGGAGUACAUCUGAACUGUAUGCGGUCAUUCAUUAGUUGGGGUGUUAUAAACACAGCCUACGACUUUCUUAAAAAGAUUAUCACUUGAAAAGAAUAGAUUUAUACAUUUAUUUAUUGUAAAGGUGAUAAAUAAUACGUCAUACGUUCGUUUGUAAAUUUUCUAUCACUAGACGUAAUACAGUCAUAUUUUCUGUAAUCGCAACAGCAUUUUCGUCUUCCAAUUUACGCAAAAUAUUUUCACAAUCUACAUUGUACAACACAAAUUUGUACAGCAAUUAUGUUAAUUGGACAUAUUUUAUAUUAGUUAAUCAUCGUGAUAUUAAAAAUCAAAAAUAAACGUUACGUAUAAUUGUAAUAUAAAAAGUACCUAACUGUGGAAUUAUGUAUUUUGUAAAUACUCAUAAAAUAAAUGCAUCGAGGCCAACGAGGAAUCCACGUAAAA